CUCCUGCUGUGUUUCAGUCCAGUUCAACUCGGUUCGGCUCGGCUCGGCUCGGUCCUCCUCUCCUCUCCGCUGCAGGUGUCGGAGCAGCAGCAGUCAAACCCCCGGGACGCUCCGGCGGUUAGAGCCGGAGUGCAGUGUGCCCGUGGCGGCUCGGUGCAGCUCCGUGUCCCGCUGCUGAGCGCGGGAUUGUCCGGGUCCUAAACUUGUUGCUGCUGGAAGAAACGGUUCUGAUCCGAGGAUUCGGAUUAUACCCGAGUCUCCAGUGUGUCUUAACUGGCCACGUGUGGAUUUGUGUGUUUGUCUGAUUCUUUUUUGGGGGCUUUUACGCGUCAGGUUUUGUGCGUAAAACUCCCUCCAUCUGUUGCCCCGGCUCUGAGUCUUCCCUCCGCGAAUGUGCGCUCGCCGCUCCGCCGCUCCGUGAACCGCCUCUGACGCAGCAGCAGCAGCAUGGCAGCGGGGGUCGCGGCGUGGCUGCCUUUCGCCCGCGCGGCGGCCAUCGGCUGGAUGCCGGUGGCCAGCGCGCCAAUGCCGCUCCCGCCGCAGGAGAAGCGACGCGGCAAAGACGCGCUCAUCAUGUUGAACGUUAGUGGCUCAAAGUUCCAGACGUGGCGGGACACGCUGGAGCGGUACCCGGACACUCUACUGGGCAGCACAGAGCGGGACUUCUUCUUCCACGAGGAGACCAACGAGUACUUUUUCGACCGCGACCCGGAUAUUUUCCGCCACAUCCUCAACUUCUACCGCACCGGGAAACUGCACUUCCCGCGCAUGGAGUGCAUCUCCGCGUUCGACGAGGAGUUGUCGUUCUUCGGAAUCAUCCCGGAGAUCAUCGGGGACUGCUGCUACGAGGACUACAAGGACCGGCGGCGGGAGAACCAGGAGCGGAUCCAGGACGACGAGGAGAGCGAGCAGAACAAUGAUCUGGUGGCCGCGGACUUGAGCUUCCGGGAAACCAUGUGGCGCGCCUUCGAGAACCCUCACACCUCCACCAUGGCGCUGGUCUUCUACUACGUCACUGGCUUCUUUAUCGCGGUUUCGGUGAUGGCCAAUGUGGUGGAGACGGUUCCAUGUGGGCUCAUGCAGAACCGCGUCAGGGAGGUGCCAUGUGGCGAGCGGUACGCGUUGGCCUUCUUCUGCCUGGACACGGCGUGCGUCAUGAUCUUCACGGUGGAGUACCUGCUGCGUCUGUUCGCCGCGCCGAGUCGCUUCAAGUUCAUCAAGAGCGUGAUGAGCGUCAUCGACGUGGUGGCCAUCAUGCCGUACUACAUCGGCCUCGUCAUGACGGACAACGAGGACGUCAGCGGUGCCUUCGUCACACUCCGCGUCUUCAGGGUGUUUCGGAUCUUCAAGUUCUCGCGGCACUCAGCGGGACUCCGCAUCCUGGGCUACACGCUGAAGAGCUGCGCGUCGGAACUCGGCUUCCUCCUCUUCUCGCUCACGAUGGCGAUCAUCAUCUUCGCCACCGUCAUGUUCUACGCCGAGAAAGGGUCCAGCGGCAGCAAGUUCACCAGCAUUCCCGCUGCCUUCUGGUACACCAUCGUCACCAUGACAACGCUGGGGUACGGCGACAUGGUCCCGAAGACGAUCAUGGGGAAGAUCGUCGGCUCCGUCUGCUCGCUGAGUGGCGUGCUCGUCAUCGCUCUGCCCGUCCCCGUCAUCGUCUCCAACUUCAGCCGCAUCUACCACCAGAGCCAGAGGGCGGAGAAGAGGCGAGCGCAGAAGAAAACCAGCCUUGCUAGAAUUCACGCAGUGAAGAGCAGAGGAGCUAGCGCGUUUUUGCAGUACAAACACAGCGGGCUGCGGGUUGACCAGGACGAGGAGGAAUCCAAGGAGAAAGGACAAGCACUGGUUUGCAACAACAACCCCACCUUUGAGGUGCACCGCCAUCACCUGUUGCACUGUCUGGAGACAACCACGAACCACGAGUUUGUGGACGAGAAGUUGUUCGAGGCAAGCUGCAAGGAGGUGGCGCUGGUGAAGCAGGCUUCCCGCUCCUCCUCCAUCUCCUCGUCCUCACCUCACGGCCUCUCGUCCUGCUGCGCCCCUCGCAGGAAGAGGAAGACCUUCAGUGUCCCGAACUCCAACAUGUCUGUUGGUCUGCAGGGCAGCAUCCAGGAGCUGAGCACAAUCCAGAUCAGGGAGAGACCGCUCACCAACAGUCGUUCCAGUCGAUCCAGUCUGAACGCCAAAUUUGAGGAGACAGUGCCUCUGAACUGUGAGCAGCCGUACCUCACCGCCGCCGUCAUCAGCUUGCCCACGACACCUGGCACCACACCCGGAGGGGACGACUCAGCCAGCUCCACCGACUACUCCCAGGCCAACAUCGUCCGGGUGUCGGCGCUCUAGGUAACGCUAACCCCUUCCAACAGCGUAACAGAACCCACCAGCAGGGGGACGAUAGGGGAGUAAACAACCCCGACACCACAAAGACUCAGAUGACAGGUUUGGUGUCAACGCUGGAAGUUAUGAGUCAGCACAAACAUUUAAUAAGUCCACCUGAUAUGGAGGGGAAAUGUCAGUGUGAACGAACAAAAGGACGAAUCCUUUCUCCCGCAGUGAAACUCUCUCUUUCUGAGAUUAUCUUUUUUUUUUCAAAUGUCUGCGUAUUUAUUCUAAAAACACAAAAGACUUGUGUAAAUGUAGCAUUGUUUGUUUUUAGUGUGGUUUAAAGGAGAAUUCUGAUGUUUUAGGAAGGUCACUGUUAACCAGUCACACCACAGUCGAAUUUAACACGUUUGUGUUUAGCUAGCGUAGCACAAAUGUUGCCUUUCUCGGCAAUUCAGAGCUACUCUUCUAAGCACCAGUCCAUUAAAGAGUUAACAGGUUUGGCUUUGAACGUACAAAGGAUCGUCAUUGUCGCCGUCGUCCUCUGCUUAUUCGGGUCCUUAGCAAGGAAGCCCAGACCGCCCUCUUCCCAGCCACUUCCACCAGCUCCUCCGGGGGGAUCCCAAGGCGUUCCCAGGCCAGCCGAGAGAAAUAAUACCUCCGGCGUGUCCUGGGUUGGCCCGAGGUCUCCUCCCGGAAAGGACAUACCUGGAACACCUCCCUAGGGAGGUUGUGAACAUGAUUCACUCACACAGAAGAUCUACGUCAAAUGGGCAUUGAACUCAACAUGAUG